AGCGAAAGGUUUUUUAUUCUGUUCACAAUCAUUUGAACCAUCUGAAAGUUCCCAAAGUAUGUAGAUUGGAUAUUGGAGGUGCGAAGCGGCUAAUUGUAAACUUGACAGGUUGGCGCGAUGGUGAGUUGUCUUUUAUUUGGCAUCCAAAAAUUAAGGUUCUGUUGGCUGCAUCUGUGUGUACUCGUGAUGGUAAAGCUCUGGUGUCUCGACAGUUUGUGGAAAUGACAAAGGCAAGAAUUGAAGGAUUAAUAGCAACAUUUCCAAAGCUUCUUGGGACAGGUAAACAACAUACAUUUGUGGAAACAGAAUCUGUGCGGUAUGUUUACCAACCUUUGGAAAAAUUGUAUGUUCUUCUGAUAACUACCAAAGCUAGCAAUAUACUCGAAGAUUUGGAGACAUUACGGCUCUUUGCACGUGUGAUACCGGAGUAUGCUUGUGGUACCGAUGAAAACGAUGUACUGACACAUGCUUUCCAACUUAUUUUCGCAUUUGAUGAAAUCAUAGCUCUAGGCUAUAGAGAAGAUGUCAACCUGUCACAAAUUCGAACAUAUACGGAAAUGGACUCACACGAUGAACGAGUGUUCCGUGCUGUACAGGAGAACAAAGAACGUGAUGCUAAAGAGCAAAUGAAACAGAGAGCACGUGAACUACAACAAGCCCGACUAGAAGCUGGAAAACGCUCAGGUGGUAUGAAUCUUUCAGGAUUCUCUAAUUAUCGUGGUGGGAAAGGAAUGGGUGGUCUGUCAAAUGAUUUAAAUGAACCUCGUGUAAUCGUCAUGAAAGAUCGUUUGGGAGAUGGGAAUACGGAUGUUCAAAGUUUGCCUACUACAAAUUCAGCAACUAUCUUAGCAUCAGUGAAACGAAGUGGUAUGCAACUUGGUGGUGGCCAGGGUGGUUUAAAAAGCAUUGAUCAGUUUGUGAAUCGUCUAAAAGCCGAAGGUGAAGUGGUCAAUGAAGAUGUUAUGAAUUUAGUUAGCGGAUCAGACGGAGCAGAUAACGUAAUGAGUACUAAUUCAACUUCUGCUUCAACUCAAAAAUCUCAUGUUAAAAAAGAAAAUCUGCAUUUACGAAUUGAGGAGAAGUUAAUCGUUCAAGCUGGUCGUGAUGGUGGUUUAGAAAGUAUGGAGUUGCAAGGUACAAUGUUUGCACAAGCUAUCACAAAUGAAGCUUGUGAAGCGAAAAUCCGAGUGGAUACAAGUAUGUGUACAAAUCCGCCCAAUGAACAUCGGCCACCUGUUCAACUUCAAACACAUCCUAAUAUUGAUAAGAAAACUUUCAUGUCCACUGGUUGGAUUCAAAUCAAACCAGGAGGUAAACCAUUUCCAAAUGGUCAAGAAGUUGGUAUAUUAAGAUGGAGAUUUCAAACUUCCGAUGAAGCUGCUCUUCCUAUAACUGUUAAUUGUUGGCCAAAUGAAAUACCCGGUGGCUUUGAAGUAAAUGUUGAAUAUGAAUUACAAGAUUCUGUAUUAGAACUGGAGAAUUUAGUUAUGUCAAUCCCAUUGCCUCCCUCAGCUAAACCUCCGUUAAUUGGUAAUUGUGAUGGGGAAUAUGAAUUGAGUCCACGUAAAACUCAAUUAGACUGGCGUAUACCCAUAGUUAAUAGUGAUAAUUCAUCUGGUUCCCUCGAGUUCACAUUAAAAACAGAACGUGGUGCACAAGCAGAACAAUUUUUCCCCUUGAAAUUAAACUUUGGAUCAAAUAAAUCAUACUGUGGAAUUCAGGUAAUAUAUGUUUACAUGUGUCUUGUAUGAUCUAAGAGGGAUCAAACUAUAUCAUAGUAUCAGCUCAUGAAGUCAUUGACAAUUGGAUUGAAGCAUGUUAUAAUAGGUGCAGACCACCAGUUUGGGGUCUGAGUGAUUAUCGUAACCAGUGGUGUUAUAGGCCCAAAAUCGUUUGCAAUGGUGCACAUGUAUCCAUUCUUUGGUAUCCCCUAAAUUACUCCUAACUUUUGUUAUCCCAGUAAAUUAUAUUUUUUCAAAUUGUGUUCUCGAUGCCUAAUCUCUCCUUUUAUCACUUAUACUGCUACUACCUAUAUUUUUCUGGGAUUUGGCCUAAUAUUUCCAUUUCGUUGUGCUAAUGGUUGAUGGCAACUUGGACUGAUAUACACACGUACCAAGUUCCACGUUGCGACUGACUGACGGAAAGUGUUAGAAGUUAUUUAGUUAGCUUUGGUUUGGGAAUAUAAUUAUCGUACGACUAAAAUUUUCUUGACCCCAAGUUGUCUACGCAAAUUAUUAAUUAUAUGUGUAGUGAUGUAAAGAUAUUAUUAUAAACAUCAGUACAAAGGGGGACUAAAAUAUAUAUGCGCCACAAAAAUCAAUAAAUUAUUAUGUCCGCUGGAAUACUUCCCGGGUGUCCAAACCGAAGUAAGUGGUCUUCUAAGAGGCCCACCCCCUGAGCCUUUGACCCAGAGGUCUACUCCACAAGACAGUGGAGGAACCGGGUUUAAGCCCUCUCUGGGCAUUCGGCUUUCGUCCUCUUGCUUUGAUAAAUAACACCGGGUACGAGAAGGUAGUUACUAAUACUUCCGUGCUAGUGGCUAUAUACACAUUUGCGGAGGGAGUGUGAACUCUUCUUGCCCUCGGUCACACCAGGGCAUUUAGCUAAUAAUGAUCAGGGUAGUAAGUACAUUGUAUAAAUGUAUUGAAAUGACUACUGCUGUUUCCCUAUUGGAAACAUUUUACUUCAUGUCGUGAACAGUAUGAGUUUGCUUUGCCCAUGAAUUGUAACUACUGAAUAGCUAAUAGGUUAUAUAUUUCUUUGUAUACAAGCAUAAAUAACCUGAAAACGGGCUCAUUAUCUUCCUUGCAAAUUGUCCUUUUGAUCUGCCAGUUUAUGUUCAUUUUGUAUUAUUUGUAUCUUCCCAUUGAUGUUUAGGACGACAAUUGAUCAGUCUCUUAUUGGCAUAUGUACGUUCUGUGUGGAUUGCCUCGAUAUUGUCUUAAGUCACAAGCAUUUUAAGCAAAGAUGGGUGGUGGCUAGUAGUAAAAUCCGAGACGCACGUUUCAUCUUAUUUGGAACUCGUUAGCUGGGUGUGUUUGCUUCACUGAGUUCAUGUUCACUCCGGGACUCGAACCCAGUACCGUUCGCUCCAAACGCCAUCCAGCUACUGACGAGUCCUAAAUCAGACGACACGUCCGUCCUGGAUUCCACUGCUAGCCACUAUCCAUCUUUUCUAUUUUAUGGCAGGAUAUUUUCUGAAUUACUAAUAUUACUCAUUAUUUAUUAUCCAGCUGUAAAGUUUAUGUACUCGGCGUAGGAUUAUACAUUUUAAGUAUGAAGACUAAUAAUAGUACAGCCUGUUUGUUAAAAUCAAAGUUGAUGAUAUCAGAGUUUAAAACGGUGACAUAAAAGUGGAACACUUCAGCUACCAAGUUACUGUUUCACUGUUAGUAUACUAUAUUCUGUCUUGUUAAAGAAAGUUAGUUACAUUAUAUCAUUGUAUUUUUUUUAUUUAUUUUUAGAUAAUAGAAGCUACUGUAAGCAGUCAGGACACCCCGAUCAACUUUUCAUAUGAAUCCAAUUUUCAUACGGAAAAAUACGAAAUUAGUUAAAUUGAUCAUUUCAUCAUCAUCAUCUUCUUCAGUCUAUUCGAUGUUAUGUGUGUGUGUGUGUGUAUCGAUUGACUGUUAUUCAAUUUGCCUGAUCAUCUGUGAUUUGGAUUAUUGUAAUGGGGUUUUCGUUUUCUUUGUUCUCCUUUUAUAUAUGGUUUUGACCAAAUAAUAAAUAAUAUUAUCCCUUCG